CUUGUCAGUAGGAGAUACACUGUAUCAUAUUGAUUAAAGUUGCAAAGCAUUUAAUUGUUAUUGAGAUUGUUAUUGAAGAAAUAAUAAAUAAGUUUUAGUUUUGUUUUGAUUAUGGAAUAGUUGUGUUGUGUUAUUUAGAAUUGGAAAAUACAGGUUAGUACAGUUGGCGACGAGGAUGAAACGAAAUAUUAAUAUAUAAAUAUAUUAUACAUAUGUAUAUAUGUAUAUAUAUAUUUUUUAUUUUUCCAGAACAAAAAAGAAUUUUUGUUUACGAUUUAAAAAAAUUCGAUCAAGGGUUACAUUCAAUUGUUGACCAAAAGCAUUAAAUUGCGAUAAGAGAAAAAUAAAAAGAAUUGAUUGGGGUUACAUUCAAUUGUUGACCAAAGGCAUUAAAUUGCUAUAAAAGAACCGGAAGGAUUGGUGGUGCAUUUAAUUGUUAACUAAAAAAAGGAGAUGAUGAGCGCCUCAGGAAUAAAACCUUUUCUUUGUGAGACCAUCGAUAAGUCUUUGAUGAGGUCAGAAUGGGAAAAGUGGUAUCGCUCAUUUGUUCUUUAUUUGGAGUCGGAAGAAAUUAUCGAUGCAGUUAAAAAGAAAAAUAAGCUUUUGCAUCUUGGAGGACCGCAGUUGCAAGAGGUAAUUUUUAAUAUCCCUGGAGCAUUGGUCAGUUGUGUUACUACUGGGGACGAUAUUGUUUCUGAAGAUGUAUUCAAGGUGUUAGUAAAAAAGCUAAACGAAUAUUUUUCUCCAAAGAGAAAUUCGACGUUUGAAAGACAUUUGUUCAGAACGCUGAAGCCGGAUGAUGGAGAGAAUUUCAAUAAGUUUCUUUUACGGCUACGCAAUCAGGCAGCUAAAUGCUCUUUUGGUGAAACAAAGCAAGAGAUUUGUGAAAUAAAUAUAAAAGAUAAAGUUAUAGACGCAUGGGCUUCUAGAGAUUUAAAGAAACGAUUGUUAGAAAAGGAACACUCUUUAGAAGAAGUGUUAGAGAUGUGCCAAGUACAUGAACAGAUUGCAAGCCAGACAGAUUCGAUGGCUAUAAUUCCGUCGUCAAGUGGGAUUAACAGUAUCCACCCUGCUCAUAAACGAAAUGGUCCAAACGAAGAUAGAGAAUGUCAGAGAUGUGGACGAAUGGGUCAUUUAUCAAAUAGUGUUUACUGUGCAGCUAAAAAUAGCAAAUGCAAUAGUUGCGGACGUUUAGGUCAUUUUGCUAAGAAAUGUAAGACAAAGUCCGACAAGCGGAAAAACACUUUUGAUGAUGGUUUUGUCCAUAAGAAAACAAGAUUUGGGCCAUCGAAUAUAAGGUUUGUAGAAAAAGGAAAAUCAAGCGAUAACCAGGAUGAGCAUUACUGUUUCCAAGUGGCGGAAGAUUUUGUUGAAUCUUCAAGUGCGAAUAUAAUGUGUUUCAUAGGAAAUUGCAAACUUUUAAUGCUCAUCGACUCAGGAUCACGGUUCAAUCUAAUAGGAGAAGAAGACUGGGAAAAGUUGCGCCAAACAUCAGCAUUAAUUAAUGUUCGAACAGAAUCGGAAAAUCGGUUCAGGGCAUACGCUGCUAAGGAGAUGCUUGAGGUUAGAACUGUUUUUGAGGCCCCUAUUAGCGUUGACUGCCGCAAUGAGUCGAUGGCAUCAUUCUAUGUUAUUAAGAACGGCAAACAAUCACUCCUGGGUCGUGAUACCGCACUUAAAUUAAAAGUAUUAAAAUUAGGAGUUGACAUAAACCAUCUAGAAGACAAUCGUGUUUUUCCGAAGAUAAAAGGGAUACGGGUACAAUUAACUAUAGAUAAAGCAUUUAAGCAGGUGCAGCAACCAUUGCGCCGUAUUCCGUCAGCUUUGGAAGAAAAGGUGGAAAAUAAACUAAAAGACGCACUGGAAAAGGAAAUUAUCGGCCUGUCUACGGUCCAAGUUCAUGGAUCUCUCCUAUAG